UUCCAUUUCCAAAGGUCGCCAAGAUGAAGAAGCUGUUCAAGCUUGCGUCCACAUACCAUGGCGUGGGGCCUGUCACGUUCGCAUGGCAGCCAGCGGGGAACUUCCUCGCCACGGCCGGGAAGAACGGUCUCGUGCACAUCUUCGACCGGCAAGGCGAACAAUACGACGAGAUUGGGCUCGACAUGGGCACUCCGGUGCUGGCUCUCGAAUGGGAUCACGAUGGCAACACCCUCGCCAUCUUGCAAACCGGCAACGGCAUCGUGCCGCUGUGGGACUUGAGUGCCCGCACGACUCAAAACUUGGACACCAACUUGAAGGACCCGUCAUUCAUUCGUUGGUCCAACUCGGGCACCCAGCUCGCGAUUGGGACGGUCAAGGGAAACCUGGUGCUGUACAGCAAGUCGUCGCGCAAGAUCGUGCCCGUGCUCGGCAAACACUCCAAGAAGAUCACGUGUGGCGCAUGGAACAAUUCCGACCAGUUGGUGCUCGGGUCGGACGACCGCAUGAUCACAGUCAGCAACGCCGGGGGCGACACGCUGCAGCAGCGCGAGCUCAAACUCGUGCCCACAGACUGCAAGUUUGGCCACCGCAAAGGCGACUCGACAAGAGGCCCCGAGACGUGCGUAGCCAUCAACGUGGUCAAGUCAUUGAUUCUCCUAGACACGACCGACCCAGACAACCCCAUUGAGCUCACGUUUCAAGCUCAUUACGGAACGAUCAAAGUGUUUGAGUGGUUCAAUGGCGGGUACCUCAUGAUCUCGUUCUCGGAAGGGUUUGUCAUUUGCAUCUCGACCCAAAUGGACGAAAUCGGCGAAGAAAUGUUUUCCGGGCGGUUCUUCUCGGAGCGGCUCUACGCAGUGUGCUACUCGCCCAUCCUGAACCGCAUCGCCAUCAGCGGCGAGAGCGGCAUCAAGGUCGUGGACAUGUCCAACUACACGGAAAUCAAAGCCGACGCCAUCAAACUCACCGAUGCCGAGGACAACGAAGCCAACCUGAUGGCGUACACGAACGACGGGCAGAUCCUCACGGUGGCCACGCAGGGCGGCAUCAUUCAAACGUUUCUUGCGAGAAUGCCAAACAUCUUCGAUCACGUCGGCAACUACGUGGCGUUCCUGAGCUCCCUCAGAGAGAUCACAGUGGUCGACACCGGCGGCCGCGACGCGCCCAUCCACAUCCAAGUGUCCAUCGAGCCAUCGUUCAUCGCCCUCGGCCCCCGCCAUGUCGCUGUCGGAAUGAACAACCGCGUGUGGUUCUAUCGGUGCGACGGCAGCAACCGCGACGCCCUUGUUAAUGAGCAGCAGUACUUGGGCCGCGUCACCUGUGUCAAGUUGAAUCGAGAUUACGCUGCCGUGCUCAGCGAUGGCAAGGUCCUUGUCCAUUUGAUUGAACCAGCGCCAUCGGCCCAGCAACACGGUGGACGUGCCAACCACGAGCAGUCCAAGACGUUCCCCGAUACCCAAGGCCGCGACGACCGGGAAAUCUCGAGCAUUGCGCUCACCAAGGACUUUUUCAUUUACGCGACGAGCGGCGGCGGCGUGCACUUCUUCUACCUCCAUGAGUGGAAAAUGCUUGAAGGGUGCAGCUACCGCCACGAAGACGGAGUCGGCAUCGUGCACAUCGCGCCCAACAACCUCGGCACCAAAGUCGUGCUGAUCGACUCGCGGCGCCGCGGGUACAUUUUGAACGCGACCAACCGCGAGGCGCUGUACAUCCCGAGCGUCCCCAACUCGACCAGCGCCAUCCUGUGGGACACGGCCGACCCCACCGUGUUCGUGGCCGUAGAGCCCACCGAGUUUACCACGUUCUUGUACACGGAGCUCACGAUCAACGGCCCCGAAGUGACCCAGCUCGGCACGAUGGAUAUCGACUUGAACGGCGACUUUUCGUUUGCGCCGCAGUCGACCAAGAUCCCGCCGGGGCAUUCGGCCGUGCUGUUUGCCGACGGUGUGCUCACGACCCAGCAGCCCGGCGGCACCCUCACCACCAUCGUCUCGUGUACCCACGAAGCGCUCCAGAAAAGCGUGCGCCCUGAAUCGGACAAGGUUGUGUUCAAGCAGUGCUUGGGACUUUUGCGCAUGGACGCUGCAUGGAAGCAGGCGGUGGUGAUCGAUGCCAAGGAGUAUUGGCUAGCUCUUGCCGGUCGGGCAAUGCACACACUUGAUAUUGCGCUGUCGAAGCGGGUGUAUCGGCAGCUGGGGGACGCGGGGAUGGUCAUGGGGCUCAACCGCAUCGAGCACGUCGAGGACAAGAACCUUCUCGCCGGCCACGUAUCGAUGCUGUUUGGUCAGUACGAUCAAGCCCAAAAGCUCUACUUGAACUCGACCGAACCCAUGGCGGCGCUGACCAUGCAGCGGUACUUGCUGCAGUGGGACCAGGCGCUGCUGCUGGCCGACUCGCUGGCCGUCCAUCUCGUGCCCGAGCUGAGCGCGUCAUAUGCGGCGCAACUCGAGUUCAAAGGCGAUGUCGAAGGCGCGUUGAAGAUGUACGAACAUGCGUGCAACGCCGUGGAUCCGCUGGGAAACCCCGUGGUCGCAUCCGAGAAGACGCAGACGCAGAGCAUGGCGGGCAUCGCGCGUUGCACGCUCCGGACGGGGGACCUCCGCCGCGGCAUCCGGCUCGUGACGGAACUCAAUGACAUCGGUCUGUGCAAAGAAUGUGGGCUCAUCUUGGAAGGGAUGAAGCAGCUGUCAGACGCGGCGCAGCUGUACGAACGAGGCGAAGUGUAUGAGAAAGCGGCGCAGAUCUACAUCCAGAUGAAGCAGCUUCACAAGGCCGCGCCGCUCAUGGCCAAAGUGCACAUGCCUAAGGUGCACAUGCAGUUUGCCAAGGCUAAGGAGGCGGCGGGGGAGUUUGCCGCCGCCUCGGAUGCAUAUGAAGCCGCGAUGGACCUAGAUAGCGUUGUGCGCAUUCAGCUAGAGCACUUGAACAACGCUGAGAAAGCAUUCUCCAUCGUUAAACAGACCAAGUCGUCCGAAGGCGCGUCCGCCGUGGCCAAAUACUGCAUCGAGAGCGCCAAUUAUGCAGCUGCGAUUGACUUCUUGCUCAUGGCGAACCGCGAAGACGACGCUUUCCAGCUCGCGCAAGCGCACAACGAGAUCGACGCAUUCACGAAAACGAUCGGCGAUGGCAUUUCGGUGGAGCGAGCGCUCAAGAUCGCGCAGCAUUACGAGCAAACCCAAGCGCAUGCAAGGGCGGGCGAGUUUUACCAGGUGUGCGGCAACUUCCACAAAGCACUGCGGCUGUUCCUGCAGUGUGGGGAGACUGAGCUAGGCCGAGCCAUCGAUGUGGUCGGGAAGGCGCGCAAUGACAUGCUCACGCACACGCUGAUCGACUACCUCAUGGGCGACACAGACGGGAUUCCCAAGGACCCAAACUACAUCUUCCGCCUCUACAUGGCACUGGGCAACUACGCGCAGGCGGCCAAGACGGCCAUCAUCAUUGCGCGGCAAGAGCAGGAGCUGGGUAACUACAAGGUCGCGCACGACGUGCUGGUUGAAACCCAUCGGCAGUUGCAGCUACACAAGAUCCAUGUGAACCAGGACCUGCGCAACUCGCUCACGCUGCUGCAUAGCUACGUCGUGGUGAAGAAGCUCGUCAAGAGGGGAGAUCACAUGUCCGCCGCCAAGAUGCUCGUGCGCGUCGCCAAAAACAUCUCCAAGUUCCCCACGCAUGUGUCCAAUAUCCUCAUCUCGGCCGUCAUCGAGUGCCAGCGCGCGGGGCUCAAAGGCAGCAGCUACGACUUUGCCACGCAACUGAUGCGCCCCGAGCACCGCAACGGCAUCGACAAAGAGAUCAAGCGCAAGAUCGAAGCGAUUGUCCGGCGGCCCAACAAGGAGCAGCCGCCGGACACGAUGACUCCGUGCCCGUUCUGUGACCACGAAGUCGUCGACGUCGACUUGGACUGCGGCCAGUGCAAGAACUGGAUUCCGUACUGCGCCGUCACGGGCUACCACAUGGUUAAAACCGACUGGAGCCAAUGUCCGCACUGCCAGUUUCCAGCGCUGUAUUCGCAUUUGGUGAGUCAUUUGGAAGCGGAAUCGAUUUGCCCCAUGUGCGACAAGGAACUCAAGCCCGACGACGUGCAAAAGGUGUCAGAAAACGACGUCAAGCUCGCGACGAUCGAGUUGCAGCAGCCGGAACAGGCGCCGCUGCCGGCGGGGACGGCGACCAAGGACGGACACAACAACCAAGCGACGGGGAAGCAACAGCCGCCCAAGCAAGGCGAAUUGUUUGCGUAAUUAGCAUUUGUAAAGAAGAAUAGACAUCGUGUUGGUACUAGGUCGUUAGCAGCGUCGUUUGAAGCGAGUUGGACGUGAGAAGCGCUCCUUGGGCGACGAAACAGCCCACGGUGCCGAUGAAAUGCAUGGACACCAGCACGAGCCGACCUAUGG